UGUGUUGCUGUAUAUUUUACACGUGGGCUCUACCAUCUUUCAGGGGAGGGGUGUGAGGGGAGGCGGGCCAAGAAUUAUAAUAACAUCUGCGAAGACUUCGAGAGUCCCCUUCUUCCCUCCAUUUCGGACUUGGUAGUUGUGGACCUGAGGUGGUUUGAUCUUUUGGGACAUAUUCAAAGUGUCUUAUUUCGGUGAUAGUGACUAUGACUUUGGCACUCUGGCACGGGAACAUAUUCAGGACGCGACACCCAGCCAUCCCCAAGGGGACCAUCGUAUGCGUCAUCAUCUUUCUGUCUAUCGCCCUCUUCGAGAGACACAAGAAGGAAGUCGAGGUUUCCUCCGUGUCGGAGGAGCAUGCUGAAGAUGCCUACCUGCGGCCUGGGCAUCGUCAGGGUCAGGGACGAGUUGGGGGCACCUCUAGGGCGCCGGAGGACGCGGGAGGUGGUGGCACUGGUAGGGGCGGUGAGGCGGAGGUUAGUGAGCACGAGGGAACGUUUCCCAACGGUGAUCUUGAUGCUGACGAAGGCAAGAGUGUUUCAGUGAAGGUGAAAUGGAGCGAAACAGCUGGAAAAAGCAGUACCAUCAGUGAAACUGGAAGUGAAACUGGAAGUGAACCUGGUGGAGCAGGUGCCCUAGGUGACGAUAGCCUCAUGGGUGAUGGUGCUAAAAUGGAAGAUAAAGUGACCACGAAAGUCAAGAUUUCAGAGCAGCAGAGUCAAGGAAAGGGGUACCCAAGGGUUGUUAUCUUGUGGACGACUUGGAGGAGCGGAUCGACGUUCUUGGGGGACCUACUCGUUUCUGCAGUGUCCGAAACGUUUUACAGCUAUGAACCCCUGAUCCCCUACGGAGUUCGAAUCUUGAGGUCGAACGACACCGUAACUAACGAUGCGCUCGCAUACCUGAGUGGCCUCUUCAGGUGUAACCUGACUAAUUACAAAUGGCAGUUACGCCGUAUGGCGCGUGAAAGGUGCUACAGGCGCCGCAAUACCUACCUUAUGACCAGGUGUGUGAGCCCAAAAGUAGACUGCGGGAACACGGUAGUUGUAAGUGACAUUUGUAAGUCUGCGAAACUCCACUUUGCUAAGGUCCUGCGUAUGGGGUUAGUCUGGGCCGAGAAGCUGCUCGAAGAUCCCUCCCUUGACGUGCAAAUUGUCUACAUGGUUCGUGACCCAAGGCCAGUGAUGAGGUCUCGACGACCCUAUGGAUGGUGCAAGAGUGACUGCAGAAACGUCACCAACGUCUGCCAUCACCUCAGGUUUGAUUUGCAAGACUCGUGUCAGUUGGCGAGAAGAUAUCCCGACAGGUUCAAGUUUGUCCAGUACGAGCAACUCAGUCUGGACACGGAGAAACAUGUCAGAGACAUAUGGAACUUUCUGCGCUUCGACAUGACGGAGGAGGUCACGAAGAAGUUGCAGAAGCUGACCAGUAAAAGUGGACCCACUGGAGCUUUUGACACUAGCAGAGACACAACGGCCCACACCUUUUCCUGGCGCCUAAAGAUGGGAUUUUCGAUGGUGGCUCAAAUCCAGAAGGCUUGUGGAGACGUCAUUCGUCAACUGGGUCUACGUUCGUUCUCUGGCGCCACGGAGCUUCGCAACAUGUCGAUCUCCGCUCUUUUGUCAAAACCAGAAGAAGAAGAAGAAGAUUCCAGUUGAUGUGGAAUAGGACUGUUGUUGCAGCUGUUGUUGUGAUUGUCACAACAGCAAAUGAUUUUGUUUAUUGUUGUUCCAUUAAAAUAAUAUUUACAUAAUCUACGUAA